ACUGGUGACUGCUAGAGUGCUAGCUUGAUCGCCGCCAAACCGAUGCAAAUGAUAGGCAUGCGCACGCGUUGUCUUUCUCAGGACGUCUUUGUCAUUCGCAAACGUGCGCACGCGCACACGUGACAUACUCUCCGUCGAGUCGCGACCAAACCCCGAUGGAUAUGGGCUUUCUUGACGCCAGAACACAACACGUGACAUAGGAAGUGUGUCACGGAUGACAGCAUGGCAUACGAUGUCCAAAAGCGCGUCGGCGUCGCCCAACUUGCGCCGCCGCCGGCGCACAGCACCAAUGCAAGCCGAACGCCCGCGUAGCGCAUGAGAACUGCACCGCAAGGAAAGGAAAGGGGAACACACAUAUGGGUUUGGCCUCGAUGCCUCCUCACCCACGGCACCGCGCAACAAAGCAGCCGGGUCGGUCGACAUCAACCGCCGAAUUAUCCCUUCCCGUUUCGUACGUCAAGGCUCAUCGCAUACUUAUCUGUCACACAAAGCACCAUACGGAACCUAGCCACUAGCCUAGCUAUCAGGGGUCGCUACUCGCUAGCUAUAGACCUAUAGGUGGACGGGCACGGGGCACCUAGCCAGCCAGUCCGCCCAGCGAGCGAGCGAGCAAUCAGGCAGGCAGGCCUGGUCGCGCGCUAGCUGCUCCCGCUCCCGCGCCCUAUAAAUAUAUCUCGCCCCACGCCGAGCGCCGGACGGAGAAAGGUUUGGGCAAAACCAUCACGCAUACUCUACUCUACUGUAGCUAGCUACCAAGCGGGAAAACAUGUCACAGAACGCGGCGUGGGCGCAGGCCGAGCGCCGGCCGCUCACGGACCCCAUCGAGAUCCCGGCCGCCACCUCGGCCGCGCGGGUCGCCGACCGAGAGACGGACGCCGGCGGCGAGGCAGCGGCGCCCCCGCACGUGCUGCUGGCGCGGCGCGGGGCGGCGGCGGCGGCGGCCUCGGUGUGCUCCGGCCAGGGCCGCACGCUCAAGGGCCGGGACCUGCGCCGCGUGCGCGACUCCGUCCUGCGGAUGACCGGCUUCAUCGAGACCUAGCCUUAUAGCCCUCAGCCAGCGGCCGCGGCGGCGGCCGGCACCCGUCGUCGUCGUCGGUCUGGCUGCCCGGCCACCUCGAUGCUUAGCUUAUCGUCAUCAAUGCGGAAAGCAAGCGUGUCCACUCACACUCAGUCUACGAUCCUGUUAACGGUUGGACGUACGCGUAUAUCGCGCUGUUUAUGAGUCAGUAGUCUCUGAGACUGACUGUUGAUUUCAUUAAUUGUUGGUUACAAACAGUUGACGGCAAAGGCAUUUUUUUUGAACUC